AUGACUGGAGGCGGCAAGUCCGGCGGCAAGGCCAGCGGUUCCAAGAACGCGCAAUCCCGUUCCUCCAAGGCCGGUCUCGCUUUCCCCGUCGGUCGUGUCCACCGUCUUCUCCGCAAGGGCAACUACGCUCAGCGUGUUGGUGCCGGUGCCCCCGUCUACCUCGCUGCUGUCCUCGAGUACCUCGCCGCUGAGAUUCUCGAGCUUGCUGGCAACGCUGCCCGCGACAACAAGAAGACCCGUAUCAUUCCCCGUCACCUUCAGCUCGCCAUCCGCAACGAUGAGGAGUUGAACAAGCUUUUGGGCCACGUCACCAUCGCCCAGGGUGGUGUCUUGCCCAACAUCCACCAGAACUUGCUGCCCAAGAAGACUGGCAAGACUGGCAAGAACCAGAGCCAAGAACUGUAA